AUGUCGAUGCAAUCGCGAUCUCUGAGUCUCAAAAGAUAUUCAACCAUCGACUUGGACUUUGUUGGCUAUGAAUGCAAACACAAGUAUCAAAAAUACAGAGUCAAGUGGCUGAAUUUGAAGAGGAAAUGCACUAUAAAACUCAAAGUUAAACAAACUACAUCAUCCACAAUUGGAGCUCCAGCAGCUUUAUCAACUGCAAUAUAUUCUUCUUCUUCUUUUUCUUCCUCCUCCUCCUCCUCUUCAUCUUCAUCAUCGCUGUCACAAAGACUUACUCGAAAUAGCAGCUUUCGCAGCGUUCUAACACUCAGAGCUGAUCGAAUUUAUCAUAAAAGUUUUCGAGGCAGCAACCAUAACAAACACAACAACAAUAGUGAUGGAAAGGAAGGGAAAGAAAAAGAAAAAGAAGAAGAAGAAGAAGAAGAUAAUGACGAUAACGAAGACAGCGAAGUCGAGACAAUUGAAACUAUAGUAGUUGAUGACUUUUAUGAAUUGAAACAAAUUCCAAACAUUGUCUUUCAAGUGAAAAACCAAGAGCAAUAUCAUAAACAAGAUCCACACUCACCCAAAUGUGGCGAAAAGUUAUCGCUAGAUGACCUCGAGGACUCAAGUUUAUCAUCUCCCACAAGAAAUAAUUUGGAAUUUAAACAUGAAAUUGAUGCGCAAGAACUUCCAUCAAAGACGACCACUAUUGUUGACACAGUAACUAGUGAUGUAGAUGAACAAGGUGAGAUUAUCUGUAAUGAUCAAAUAGGAGAAGUGAUUGCCAAGUUCAAUGUGCAACAACAACAACAACAACAACAACAACAACAACAACAACAACAAAAAAAACAACAACAACAACAACAACAACAACAAGAACAACAACAAAACCACCACCACCACCACCAUCAUUUAAACCAGGUACCACAUUCACUAAGCUCACCUGAACUGCAUUAUAAUCAAAAUCAAUCGAGGCAACUUACAAAUGGUCCGAAUUUGAGUCAAGUACCAGGAAACACUAGCUCAACUCUUUUAAAUACGCCGCUUAGAUACAGGUCUCAACUAAACCAGUACCUUGCAGUAGUUGAAGAAUCCAAUGAAGAGGAAUAUCAUCAUUAUCAACAACAACAACAACAACAACAAGAUUUAGGCGUGCCAUUUACGAACUGGAGAACAUACUCACAAAGGGCAAACAGAAGGUACUCUCACUAUCAAUUGGUUGACCUGCAGCAGCAAUUGGGAGCAAGAGUAAAUGCCAACGCAGGUUUGGGAUUGAAAAUGGGGAAAGAGAUAGGAGUGUGCACCAAUUUUGACAAACUACACCAACAUAUGAAUAUCAACUCGAAAAUCGUUGACGAUUUGAACCACUGCUGGUAUGUGGUGGAGUUGCUAGUUUGCAUAGUUGCAACAUGGGAAAUAUUUCAAUUCUUUUAUUACUACUAA